AUGGCGGCCGAGUUGAUUGGCACCACUGUUGGAGUGAUUGGCUUCCUGGGCCAGCUCUUCGACGGCUGCGUCAAGGCGUACGGGUACUUCACGGCGGCGGCGCACCUCGACACCGACUCGCAGCGCCUCAUGUGCAAGGUCCGCAUAGAGGAGAUGCGUCUCGUGGUCUGGGGCCGCGAGUGGGGGGUGGCCGAGGGCCGGCUGGAGGCUCAUCUCCGGGGCGAGCAGAAUCCGCAGCUGAGGAGGCUGGCCAUCCAGAUCAUGCAGGAGCUGCACGAGACGGUCACGGACUUUAAGAAGCUCCAGGGCAGGUACGGUCUUUGCGAGGACGGCGACGGCGGCGGCGGCAACGCCCAAGCAAACGGUCACGAGCCCGAGAUGCCCUCCCCGGCCGCAGCAGCAGCAACGUCGCCGUCGCCGUCACUGUCCAAGAAAGGGUCCUCCGCGGACGAGACUUCUAGGCCCGGCAGGUUCAAAACAGAGAGGGGGUGGAGGAAGGAAUGGGGGUUGAGGACGAGAUGGGUGAUUGCAGACAAGGACAAGUUUACCACCCUCCUCCGAGACUUGAAAGACUUCAACGACGGCCUGGAACGCCUCUUCCCGCCCUCGCAGCUGCCGUCCUUCCAGCGCGCCUGGACCCAUCGCCUCCUGGACUCGGCCCAACGGGACCUCGCCCAGCUGUCGCUGCUGGAAACCGCCUCGUCGGGCACGUACCCGCAGCUCAACGCGUCUGCGAAUCUCAAGCGCCUGCGCAUCAACCUCGACAGCCGGCCCCAGAGCGCCUUCCGGCCCACUCUUGCCCUCAAGGUGCCCCGAUCAUCCCUGACCAUCAACCCUCCCGUCGCGACGGCGCCGCCGGCGCAUAGGCAGCAGAAGCAAGGCGACGGCGGCAGCGGCGGCAGCGGCGGCAGCGGCAGCCGAGGGACUCGGCCCCCCACCCCCCCGGCAGACCUGCGCAGAUGCCAGGGCCACCACGACACCGCCGGCGACGUCGUGGUGGAAUGGGUCGACUACGACCGGGACGCCAUCGAGGAGCGCGUCGCCCACGUCCGGCGCAUGGACGACCUCGCCAGGAUGAUGCACUCGGCCUCCAGGUGCCACCCGGACCUGCACUCCAUCGACUGCCUGGGAUACACCGACGACGCGGCCAACUCGCGCUACGGGCUCGUCUACAAGGCCCCCGCGUCGAGCUACUCGACCCUCCACGCCCUCAUCUCCAGCCCGGACCUCAAGACGCCGGACCUCGACGACAGGAUCCGCCUCGCCCACACGCUCGCCGUGGCCCUCUGGUCCCUCCACUCGCUCGACUGGCUGCACAAGUCCCUCUGCUCCUUCAACAUCACCUUCUUCCCCUCGGCCUUUUGCGCCGCGGCCCACGCGCCCACCGCGACGGCCGCCCUCGUCCCGGACGUCUCCAACCCCUACCUCAUCGGCUUCGACGCCUCCCGCCCGGACACGGACACCGCCCUGUCCGUGGUGCCCAAGAACCCGUCCAUCGAUAGCAUCCACCGCCACCCGGCCAGCGCCAGGGGCCUGCCCUACUGCAAGGCCUUUGACGUCUACUCCCUGGGCCUCGUCCUCCUCGAGAUUGGGCUGUGGAAGGUCCUGCAGGCGUACCACAGGCCGCAGCAUUCGGCGGACCGGUGGCGGGACAAGGUCGUCAUGGCCGUUCUCGUCCCCGGCCUCGGCAGCAAGGUCGGCAAAAGGUACAGGGAGACCGUGGAGAUGUGUCUGCAGGCGGAUGAGCACAUGUCCAACGCCGAGGCUGCCAAGAUUAUGGGCAGGGUAGUGUCCACGCUAGAGAGUAUACGUGUUUGA